AUGUCGAGAGACCCGGUCAUCAGAGCCGUGCUCGUCGGCGAGCUGCGUCGGCAGGUGAAGGGCUGGAACCACGCCGGAUCGGGAGCAGAUGAUGAUCAUGAGGCCGAGGGCGAGAAGCAGCAGCGGCGGGAUGGGCUGGCGGACGGAGGAGAGGGGGCAACGGCAGCGGCGAGGCCACCGCCGGCGACGAUCGUGGUGGACCCGAUCCACCUCACGCUCACGCUCGAGACGCUCAGCAACGUCAUGCGCGCAUCGCGGCGGGACAUCAACAGCAGCAGGAGAAGAAGCACAGCGGAAGAGCCGGAAGCGGCGGGAUUGAAUUGGAGAUUCGGAGCAGGGGUCGGUAGUGGCGGGCGGACAGCAGUAGCGGGAGAGGACGAGGAGGAUGAGGUCCCGUGGCCUUUCCGCUUCCUGUACGGGGAGAACAACUACGAGGGAGCAGCGGGCUAUGCGCACGACGGGGGGAAUGAAGAUGAUGACACCAUCACCCCUAGCGUAGGGGGGGUCGUCUCCGGUCCUUGGCCGCUGGAUCGCAAGCUCGUGGCGGAUAUUGCGGAGCUGAUGCUGAGCGCCGCGAGCGCGAGAGAUAGCGAAGGGGCGGUGGCGCGCGGAGAAGACGCGGAGCUAGGAGAAGUCCUGGAGGCGGCGGCGGCGUCCAGCCUCCGAGAGAUCAGCCACCACUCGGAGCUGGUGGGGCUGUUGCUUCGAAGGAGGCCCCUUGUGGGUCUUGUUGCCGUGAGCCAGGACUCGAUGAUGGCGGCACAGGCUUCCUCCGAGGCUACCCUCAACAUUUGCAAUGCUUAUCGCAGAUGUCACGGUCUGCCAGAGGCUUCCGAGCCAAAGGCUUCCUACGACGAGGUUAUCACAUGGGUUAACAAGACCCUUGCCCAGGAGUGGGCCGGAAGCCCGUCUGGUGACCUUGACACCAGCGAGGCUGACCAGGCGUUUGUUCGGCAGGCGGAGCGGUCGACCCUUCCCCCUUCGCCGUACUCGAGCGUCCUCAUCAACAUGCAGAUGUCGACGGGCGUGGGCAUGGCGCUCGGAGUUCCUUGGGGAGCCGCCCGCCGCUGGAUCGCCUGGCGAAGAGCCGGAGAAACAUUCUCCGCCCUCUCCAGGUUGUCUCUCCCGAGGGCUCUGCUGCUCGCCGGUCUUAGGGCGGGGCUGGGCACCACGGCUCUCGUUGCCACGCACGGGCCGGCGGGCUUCCGCCCUCAGGCUAGGCCGUGGAUUCUGGACGCCACGAGCGGGAGUCGAGGGACCCUGGCCAUGAGCGCUGCCCGAGAGGUAUCGGAGCUCGCCUACCUGUACGCGAUCCUACGCCUGUGCCCGUACUCCCUCCUGCCAUCGCUGGUGGUGAGCGCCGUGGUGUGGAAUGGCCACCGUUACGGUGGCGUUGUGGACGACUGGGGCGCGUAGUUUGGAUAGCCCCGAGGUUCAAUGUGCACCCGCCACCGUAAAAUGUGGCGCUGUGUUACGGCAGUCGCCAGAGAGAGGUGGAGAGAGGACUCCAAGUCGUCGCAAGAAGUUCCGUUGAGGCGUGGGAACGCUGGCGCGGUGAAUGGUGUCAAAUAAGAAAUGCAUGGUUUGGUGGAAUUGAACGAAUUUGGAUUUUUGGAAGGUUCACGGAUUGGUGGUGAAGCCUGGCAGGCCCCGAUGUCCUUCCUCUACAGUCUAUUGCGCUUUCUCCCUGGCAUUUCCGCCGGGAGUACUCACGCUUGUUGUGUGACAAUGAGGUAGGUCUGCAUGCUACGCUCAUUGCACUCAUGUUUGCGGUGUUGGUCUAGAUAGCGGUGAUUUUGUGUGGUACGUUGGGGGGUAUCUAUCGUCGGGAGCUAAACCGAUCGGUCGUGUCCCCUCGGUGAUGGUGUUGACAUACAUGCAGGGGGCGGGCGUUUUAAUGACCUAUACUCCCGCCUUCGAAGCUGAGAAAGGAAUCAAUUGUUUUUCGUCUGUGGUUUGCCGUGUUAGAGUUUCGCAUUUUGGUGCUGUUGUUAGAUCCCUUUUAUUUGGUUGAUUCCUGGGCUAUCUCUGGCUUGGUUGGAAUUGCCGAUUUGCUACAAUAAUGUAGUCUUUCUUUU